CGCUGGCGUGUGAAUUCGCAGGAUGCGGUAGAUUGUGGCGACGCGGCGAUUGGCCGCGCCUGAGGUAGAUUUAUGUGUUUCCUGGGCGCCGGCGGGCGCGGCGCGCUGCGCACCGGCGCGCGCAGUCGCUCUCUUGCUUGAGUGGUGUGCUGGUGGUGGUGGCGCGGGUACUCGCCUAGCGCUCGGCGGACGCGACACUCGGCGGCAGCCGCGCAGCGCACGUGCUACACCUCGGGAUACGCUCCGGGACAGCUCACGGUGGGCAGCGGCAGAGGGGAUGCGCCACUAGCGGCCACCGCCACCAGCAGCAGCACACAGCAGCAGCAGCAGCAGCAGAGACCGGCAGCGCGGCGGCGAGGGACGACCUGGAAACGAUGGCGGACCCGCGAGGCAGCCCGCUGGGCAACGAGAAGCAGCUGCUGUCGCUCGAGAUGAACCAGUGCGGCGGCUCGGCGCUGCUCGAGGCGGUCGAGGUGACGACUGGACCCGGCGCGGCCGCCGCCGUCGGGGGCGGCAAGGCGUCGGAGCCGCUGCCCGAGCGCGGCACGUGGGCCGGCAAGCUGGACUUCAUCCUGUCCGUCGUGGGGCUCGCCAUCGGGCUGGGCAACGUGUGGCGCUUCCCCUACCUCUGCUACAAGAACGGCGGCGGCGCCUUCCUCAUCCCCUACUUCCUCACGCUCGUCCUCGCCGGCAUUCCCAUGUUCUUCAUGGAGCUCGCCCUCGGCCAGAUGCUCACCAUCGGCGGGCUCGGCGUCUUCCGGAUCGCGCCCCUCUUCAAGGGUAUUGGAUAUGCAGCAGCAGUAAUGUCUUGUUGGAUGAACAUAUACUACAUUGUCAUCCUUGCCUGGGCCAUCUUUUAUUUUUUCAUGUCACUUCGUUCUGAUGUUCCCUGGAGAACGUGUAACAAUUACUGGAACACACCUAACUGUGUGAAUGCUUACGAAAGAAGCAAUUUGACUUGCUGGGAAGUGCCAUAUAACAGCACAGCAAAUUCAAAAAUAUGUGCUGUGAAUCAAUUAAACAUCUCUGUGAGGGAACUAACAGAUCCUGUUAAGGAGUUCUGGGAACGACGGGCACUACAGAUUUCAGAAGGUGUUGAGCAUGUUGGCGGUAUUAGAUGGGAGCUUGCUGGGACUCUGCUACUUGUUUGGGUCAUGUGCUACUUUUGCAUCUGGAAGGGUGUCAAAUGGACUGGCAAAGUGGUGUACUUCACUGCUCUGUUUCCUUAUGUGCUUCUGACUGUACUCCUGAUACGUGGAAUUACAUUACCUGGAGCUGCUGAGGGAAUCAGAUUUUACAUCAGCCCAAACCUGUCCAAAUUGCAGGAGUCUGAGGUAUGGAUUGAUGCCGUCACACAAAUAUUUUUCUCUUAUGGCCUUGGACUUGGCACACUUGUGGCCUUAGGAAGUUAUAACAAGUUUACCAACAAUGUUUACAAGGAUGCACUUAUUGUCUGUUCUGUGAAUUCAAGUACUAGUGUCUUUGCUGGUUUUGUCAUCUUCUCGGUAGUUGGAUUCAUGGCCCAUGAACAACAGAAGCCAGUUGCAGAAGUAGCAGCCUCAGGACCAGGACUGGCAUUUCUUGCUUAUCCAUCUGCUGUUCUACAGUUGCCUGGUGCUCCAGUAUGGUCAUGUUUAUUUUUCUUAAUGUUGCUUUGUAUUGGCCUUGACAGUCAGUUCUGUACAAUGGAAGGAUUUGUAACAGCAAUGGUUGAUGAGUGGCCACAGUUGCUGCGCAGAAGAAAAGAGAUAUUUAUUGCUAUUGUAUGCUUCCUAUCAUAUUUAGUUGGACUGUCCUGCAUUUCACAGGGAGGAAUGUAUGUAUUUCAAAUAUUGGAUUCAUAUGCAGUCAGUGGAUUCUGUUUAUUGUUCCUGAUAUUCUUUGAAUGCAUUGCAAUUUCCUGGGCAUUUGGAGUGAAUCGCUUUUAUGAUGGAAUAAAGGAUAUGAUUGGCUACUACCCAUUCAUGUGGUGGAAGUUCUGUUGGACUAUAGCUACUCCAUUUAUAUGUGUGGGUGUUUUCAUAUUUAACCUUGUUCAAUGGACGCCAAUUAAAUAUCUGGAUUAUGAAUAUCCAUGGUGGAGCCACUUCCUAGGUUGGAUUACAGCUUUGUCAUCAAUGUUGUGCAUACCAGGAUAUAUGAUUUAUCUGUGGCUAAAAACACCUGGUGAUUUUCGAAUGAAAAUGAAACUGUUGGUACGAAUAGAGGAUGAUAUUUCAACUUUACGUGAGAAAAUGACAAGUGGAGUGUCGGAUAUAAGUUCAUUAUAAUGAAGACCAAUGAUUUACUAAACUAAAUAAAACUCUGUGUCCAAAAACAGUGAAGAAGAAUGAAAUUAUUUGUGAAGUGACAAAACAAAAUGUUGUGUUCAUGAGCGGUAGGGAUAUUUACAUGAAAGUGUCUUCCAUUGUAACACCAGAGUUUAUCUAGUGUUCUAGAGUCAAGACAGCAGAAUGGAUUCAUCUCAGUUAAUUAGAAAAUGCUUGAUAAUAUACCUGUGUUAGUGUACAUAAACCUCAAAAAUGGAAUCGAAGCAAAUGCGGUACUUCUUUUCACAAAUGUGAUGUGUAUCGCAUUGGACAUCCGACAUGGAAGGGGAGUGGAAGAUUCAUGCAUUCUCUACAAGCACUUAAGGGAACAGAAACAGCGGAAUGUAACAUGUACAAAUAAAUGUUAUGAGUGUUUUUAAAUAAUAUUUGAGUAAUUGAUAAUGUGGCUGUUGCUGCUGUUGUUGUUUAUACAUGUACUUCUAGUGCAUCUGUGUUAAAAUAAGAUUUCUGAUCAAUGUAUCUCAUAGUUUAAGAACAACCUCACUAUUCAUAUCAUUUUUCAUUCAGCACAACAGAAGUUAUAUGCCACAUAAACCAGAUGUGGAAAAUAUGGAACAACCUCCACGUAAAUAGAAAAAUUAAAAUGUCAAAAGUGGCAUACUUUUGUUCAGUAAGAGCAUUUGUUAGAAGUAUAUUAAUGUUUCCUUUAUUUGCAGGAACAAGAAAAAUAGUUUCAAGUAAUGUUUUAUUUAUUUCAUUUUGUACAUUAAAUCUGUUUCUGUGUGCUGUUGACAAUCAUAGUACCCAUUCACCUCUCCUGCAUUUUUAUGUUUUGACAUUUUAAUAAUGGACAAUUCUUUGUAAUUUUAAUAAAACUUUUUUAAUGUAAAGCUUUUCUAUAUCCUCCAAUGAAUUUGAACAACUGAAGGGCUCUAGAUGAAUGUAAUUAUCCUUUCACUUCACUUAUUCCUCUGGUUAUUCGUGUGUGUGUGUGUGUGUGUGUGUGUGUGUGUGUGUGUGUGCGCGCGCACAUGUGCGUGUGUAUGUGAGCACCAAAUUUUAUUUCCCACAAUGUAAACAGGAACAGGUUUUUUAUUUAAAAAAAAAUUGAAGGAUUAAGUUCAUUGUGUGUUUCCAGAUGCAUUGAUAGCUGAUCUAUUUUCACUAUCUGAUCAACAUAAAGAUCUCAUCAAACUGCAGUGAGUUGUUCUACAUGUGGCAUCAAUUUGUCAUGUCACUGUAGCAAUGACAUAGACAAGUGAUACAUUUUAGUAUCACUGCAAUAGUGGUAUUCAUUGGUUUACUUGUGCUGGCUUAUUUUAGACAGUAUCAUAUCCUAAGCUGAGGAAGUGGACCUUUAGUGACAUGAUAUGAACUGAAAGUACCUUGACAUGUGCUAAGCAUCACCAGUUCAAAUUUACUACAAAAAAAUUUAAUUCUCACUAUAAGUCUAAAAACUGAAAAUUAUUACAGCUAUAAUUACAUUUACUUCAAAACAGAAUUUUUUUCAUUCCAUGCUGUAGGGAAAUCAUGGAAAAGCUGCCUGAAGAUUAUUAGUGAAGGAAUGAAAUAGGAAUGCACUUUUUAGAUGAAAAGGGUUGGUUUCAUUAAACAGAAGUUGCCAUGAAAAAUUAUAGAUGUUAUUCAGCAAAGAUACAAAAUAAAAAAAUAUAUAUUGUCUCCAUCUUAUAACAUUUAAAUGGUUAAAAUAUUCCAUAGUAAGUUAUUAAGGUAAAUAUUACAUUUAAACUUCUUACUUUCUAUUGGCACUUACAACUUCUCUAUUGUAAAUAAAAACUGUAUAUUUGUAUGGCCACUUAAUUAUUCUGAACAAUAUUGUGAAAAUUUAUUAAAAGAAAAAAAUAUGUGUGGCAUUAUUACAGAGUAGAUGUCAGAGAGAACAUGGACUUGUUCUACAUGUGGUUUCAGUCUGUCAUGUCACUGUAGCAAUACCACAUUCCAGAGACUCUUUUUAGUAUUACUAUAACAGUAUUAUUCAUCAAUUUACUUGUGCUGACUCAUUUUAGGCAGCAUCAUACCCUAUCAAAAAAGAAGGAGUAAAGCAUCAAGGUAUCAGCAGUUGUGAUACAGUUCAAAAGAACUUAAAGGUAAUACUAAAUCGAGAUAAGUGAAACGAAGUAUGCAUUAUACAAUGUAUUAAGUGGAAUGUAUUGAAUAAUCAUUUUCAUUCUGUACAGUGUCCCUCAAAUCACAAGUUCACAAUAGUUUGUGACAUUACAAACACAAUUAUAAUGUCAUCAUUUGUAGACAUUCAAAAUUUACUGGCAACUUUUAAGUCUACCAUUUUAAGUAUCUACUGUGUAAUUUUUUAAAUGUAUCUGAUCUUGCAGAUUGCAUGAUACUGUUCUAUGUACACAGAAUCAUGCACUUCAGAAAUCUAUAAUAUCCUUCAGAUUAUUUUGUAAGCUUAAUUAACAUAAAAUAAUUCAAUUCAUUUACUGAUGAUGUAAAAUAUUACCAUGUUGAUAACCUGCAGAAAAACUGAAACUGCAUGAAUGAGGUGAAAUUUUUCCAUUAUUUAACAAGGACGAGUUUACUUUCAAGGAUGAAUAUUUUUCUUAAUUUCCAUGCUGGUGUAUCACAAAAUAACUAAGCUUGUUUUGGAAAAUUGGUUCUUUAAGACUGAAUUGCUAAUUUUGAAAAUCAAAAAUUGAAUUGAUAAUUUAGUUUGUAUUAUAACUGGGAAUAUUUCUGAAAUAAGACUCCUUUCAAUAAAUUCAUUCUAACAGUUUCCUUAUAAUUAAGUUGUGUUUAAUAGCAAAAAUAUCAUUGGUAGCACUAUAACUUGAAAAAAAAUAACAAGAGCUUUUAUCUGCAGUCUAAAUUGUGGGAAUAUUUUGACACUGAUUUUUCUAUCAUGUAAUAAUUCCAGGGACAAGUGAAGUAUUUUACUGAUCCCUAUCAGUCUCUUGACAACAGCACACACUGCGUGUUUUGUUCAUAAAUACAGUAACUAUGACUUUGAUGCUAGUGAAAACAUAGUUAUAUAAAAUUGAUAACACCAUACCAUUAUAAUUAAAAUAGGAGGCACUAAAAGCAUUAGAAGCUGGGAGAAUAUAUCUAUGUAUCUUUCAUUGAUAACAGUUAUGAAACCAAGAAAUUAUUGUCCAACAAUUUAUUGAAUGUUACACUGCAGCAGACAAGGAGAGGAGAACAAAAGUAAUCAGUACCUCACAUAAGUAGUACCAAUAGGCACACUUCUGUUGAUUGUAUUUACUCUAAAAUGAAACUUUGAAUGAAAAUGAAAUAGUUGAUGAUUAAAUCAGUUUCAUUGGAUUCCAGAGGAGAUAAAGUUAGUAAUCAGUUCAUAUCUUCAAUUAUAUUUUUUACAAUUAUAUCCAAAAUAUCAUUAAGUUCAUAGAUAAACUGUCUUGAAUUACCUGAUUUACAACAUUUUUUGUACAUCAUUAACAAAGCCUAUUAGACAAGCCUAACUGUUCCCUGAUAUGUAGUGUGACUGUACCACCUAUUACUUUCCUUAUAGGCAAAUGCAUCAUAAUACUCAUUCUGCAGACUAAAGCAUAAUUCAUUUAUGAAUAUAACAAUUCAAAUUCCAAUCUUAAUGUUUAUUCCUCCAGAAUAAGCUGGGCUGUCUUUGGACUAAUGUGAGUGGACACAUCGUUUUGGAUGUUUGCCCAUACUGCCUAACUGUUCCAGGCUCUGACAUACAGUUUAGUACAAAGCUCUGAGGACAACUGUUCUGUAGACAACAUACUUCAUUAUGUAGUUAGGGCCAGAUAUUGUUCUGUUGGGGAGUGGCCACUAUUCACCAACUUGUACUGGGCUCUUAUGAAAAUGUGUCUGAUACACUCAUAGGUGUCUUGGUAGUCUACACAGAUAAACAGGUGCCAAAUGAUGUCUUUGUGGCAUUAAAUCAUCAAACCGACUAAGAGACCACACUCUGAUCAACACAAUAGUGAAAACGCAACAGACAUUAUGGAUCUAACACAUUGCCUUUCACUAUCUUAGAAUCACUUACUUACGUGAUACAUGCAUUAUUCCUUUCCUAUAUAUGUCACAAAAUUCUAGUUCAUGGAGAUCUCUUGAUAUUUCUCUUUUUAGUUCUUUUCCCAAUCAUGCUUAAACUAAAGACAGUAAUUUAUCUAAUUUUAUAUAUUCUGAAAUUGACAUAAAAGUAGAUACUGAUUUUUAAAAUUUCUCCUUCAUGGUAACAUGAUUUAACCUGUUCUUAAGCCACAGUAAUACAUUUUAUGCUUGUCCUUCCCAUCAUUUAAGAAAGCUCAGUCACAGACUUGGAGAAGCACAAGAUGUGUACAUUACUGAGGGUGUAAUUGUCACCCAUCUUGUAAGAGCAGCAUUUUGACUCCGCAAAAAGUUUUACAAAUCAAUAUAAAACAUUUUUUUUCUGUUAUGAUUUUAAUGUUGCAGUGGAAGGAAUAAUUACAUGUGAAAAGGUAAUGAUUCUUCUGGUAAUUAUCAAAAAAGGUUGUAGUAUCAGCAAGUGGUAAAUUAUGGAUAGUUCUCAAGGCAUAACUUUUUGAAUGCAGUGUAAGCUCAAUUCCACAGAAACUCCACAGAUAGAUUGUCCUUGUGGGACUGCCACUGUGUCAUCCAUCUAAGUCAUAACUUGAUGGUAGUACUGGAUUGGCUGAUCAGCACUUUUCCCUCCAAGCCUCACAGAAGAUUUCAAAAGUGAAGCUGCUAUUUCUCAGUAAAGUAGGUCAUUUGUAAUCUUCAAAGGUCAAAUGUAUUUUCUUUUAUUCCUCCCACUGAGGAAGCUUGUGCUAUUAGGGACUGAACCUCAUUCCACCACUGUCUGUUCACCCACACAGGAACACUUUAGAAUGAAGACAUUACACAUUAUUAUUUCUCACCAGAUUUCAUUUGACAGAGGCUUUACAAUAAAUGAUUAAAAAGAUUAACAGCAUUUUUUUCACUUUGGAUGUCAUGAUUGUACAGUUGAUAACAGUGUGCAACUAUGGUAAAACACUAUUAAAACAAAUUUAAAAACACUUAACUGGUCAUUUUAGCUUAAAAAGUGAUCUAUACAGUGUACUAGUUAUAUUACUGAUAUUUGGCCAUUGUGCUACACAUUUAUGCUCAUCUGUAACUGUAGUUACCACCUCCUGUACAAGAGUACUAAUAUCUGAACCACAGAAUUCCAUAUCAAGUAGUGUGGUGCACCAGAUUUGGUUAUCCACUGUAUGACAGAUCUUUCAGGUGUUCAUGUAUCAUAUGAAUGGGGUCAUCUACACAAUGUGGAGGAGAUUAUUUAUGGGACUCUGUAAAGCCCUGCUACUAGCCUGCAAUAAAUUGUAACAUGUCUUCAAGUUCCACAAACAAAUGUAUGGCAUACACAACAUUGCAAAGUUUGACACACUUCAUCAUCUGCAUGUACAGAAUCUGAUGAUGAGGGAAAAUUCCCAUCAUAUGCAGAUAUGUCACUGGAUUCUGGGCAAUAAUCAUUUGUUUACACUGAUACUUCACCCAUGAGGAAACUAUAACACUUGUUCUGGUCAAUUGUGGUUUCCUAAACCUUAAAACCCACACAAGGCUUGCAACAGAAAUUUUCAUUCUUCAUUCAUUGUGUUAUGUCAUUUGCUAGACCAAACACCACUAGGUCCCAUUAUUUUGGACUAUCAAAUGAAACAUACAAACAGACAGUUUUUCUAACACACAGUAUUACCAGUGACAGUUUUUUUAUUACAAACACUGUUGUGGCAGAAUGCAAAUAUGGCCUUUUCAGCUCACAUUCUGCUAAUGACAGAGAUUCCAUCCUGGAGACAAAUACUCCAUGCACAUGUAAGGUAACUUGUAUUUAAAUUUUACUGGUACCUAAAUCUGUGUAUAUUAAGAAUCUUCAGUAUGUUUCUUUAUGUCAUUAGUCACAAUACAAUGGUGUAUUCCAAAUAAUUAAAAUUUAUAUGUAGAUAUGUCAUCCAUAAAUGUCUUUUACUUUUCAGUGAACUGCUAACACUAGGCUUGCCAUAUGAUAUAAGUACAGGACAAUUUAUGGGCUGGUAAGUGAAGCAUCUUCAGGUUUCCAUUUCUACAGUCAUACUCAAAACGAAAAUGAAAAUGGAUAAUAAACAAUGGUAAACAUAAACACCAAAAGAAAAGAAAGAAAAAUGGUCAAAAAUGAGUUGGGUAUGAUUACUGCACCAUUCUUGGCCACCUCAGGUUCAUAGAAACAGGACUGAGCCCAUUGCAUUAUCAUACACCAGCUUGUCCAUCAACUAUCAGACCAACUUAAUGCUAUUAAAAAUUCAAAAUUCUGUCAGUAACCACUGAAAUCCAAAUGCAUGCCACACAUCAUCACCGCUUUGAUGUCUAACAUAUACUGCAAUAUGUUACUUCAAUCUGGAGCAGAGUUUAGGGGUGAUGAAGGUGACUGUAUUCCCACUUGAUCAUAGCACAUGCUUUAUAGAUCUCUCCAACACCAGCACUCAGUUCCUUGAAGGCUGGUUGGCUGUGUGAUUUAUCAUAGUUGGUGGCCUCUGUGGUGUCAGUAAUCACAAAUGACUUGGGCACUAAUAACAUUGCUGUUGUGUCUUGGAGUUGAAACCAUUGCCAAGUAUUACUUUCUGCAACACUGAAGCAUAAGUACACAAAAUAAUGCAUUCUUGAACAUUAAUAUUGAAAACAGUCUUAAAAGUACAUAAUGCCCUUGUAAUAAACACAGUGCUAACCAGGAGUGUCUUACACUUGUGGGUAGGGAAAGUGUUCCAAAUUUAAUUUUAAGUAUACUGAAUACUCAUCUUUUAGCAAUGAUCUUUGUAGAAAAAGUGUUUGUUGUACAAAGAUAGCCAGGCUUGAAAUAUAUAAGAAUUCUGAGACAGUGCAUUGAUUGUUGCUUUCAACUUAUUUUAGUUCAUGCCUUUGUUGAUUUUCCAUUGCACAUUUUCUCAGAAAGAAAGCUCAUUUGAAACUACUUCACAUUUUAACAUAAUGGAAGAUGACAUUAUAAAAGUUUUCACUGUCAUUCAUCAGAUGACACUGUAAAAUCACUGUGUGGUGCAGUCCAAGCAUAGCUAUGAGAAAAAGGAUUGUGUUCUGAUCUGUAUUUAAGAGACAAAAAAUGUAUAUCUAGUGCAUUUAAUAUCUAAAAAUAAAUUGCUAACUAUGGACUGCUGCAAAGUAGUGAUAAACCAGAGUGUGUAUUCUGAGGCACAUUUUGCAGUAUUUAAGAACUAUGUAUGCCCACCAGAACAUUAUGAGUAGCUCUGUUAUUAUUUUAAUUAUUUAAGUGACAUCCAGUUUUCUUGUUAGUGCAAAUUUAAACAAUAUUACGUUUUCAUAUGUGGAAAAAUAAAAAAUAGUUAAAAAAGAAAUGUACAAUUAUUACACAUCAAAGAGCAGAGGUUCCAGAAUGUGACACUGAUGAAACACUUUGCUUGUUUUGCACAUGUGCAUGACUUUUAUAAUGAAGAACAAAUUUGAUGGUGUGCAGCGACAUUGUUCGCAAGAAACACAUAUCUUCAGAAUUAUGAUCCCACUUAUAUACCUCUGUUUUAAAGUGGAAAUAAGAGGAUGGUCAGCUUUACGGGAUAUUACAUUCAUGCUUUGUGACUGGCAGAAAUGCUCUUGUUAAUUAUAAACAAAUAGGAAAAUAUUGUAGCUGAAUAUGUUCCAAUGUAUCAUGCUCCAACAGAUAUCAUGUUUCAUGCAUUUCAAAACUAAGAUGGUAUCAGAAACUUUAUUACUGUAAGUGGUAUCAAAAAAUUUAUUUUGUAUAACUGGUAUAAAUGUUGGUUCAUUACAGUAUCCACCUCACAGAAUGUUAUUCAAAGAAUAUGUAUGACAUUUUGUGACCCUAUGGAACAUAUUCUCUCUAAAAGCUUAGUCAUUUCACAUUUUGUAAAUAAAAAAAAUUAUGGAAGAAAUGUUAACUGUUUCUUUUAAAGCAAGCAUUGAAAUUAUUUGAUAAAGCUGUGAAAUGUGACAAAUACAUGCAUUAAUAAAAAAUUAUUUUUAAUGUAGCAGGACCAUUAUGAAUCAUGACAAAGGUGGAUGAAUAAACAAAAUGUUUUGUAUAAAGAUUACAAUAAGCAGGGGUGUCAUUAUAAAAAAUUACAACUCCACUAAAGCUAUCUGAAUAUGAAAACUUGAAAUAUUCAUACAGUAUGAGAAAAUUCAUUAUGUUAGUACAGUGUACUUCAAACAUGUAAUUAUACUUUGUACUUUAAAUGUUGUGAAAAUUUUUCCUAACAUUUCUUACACAGUAAAGUAUUAUUAUUAUUAUUAUCAUUAUUAUUAUUACUUUCAUCAUCAUAUAACCAUUUAAGAAGCAUAGAUCAAAAUGACAAAGAUGCAAGUUUUUAAGUUACAUUUGUCAAAAAUGUGCAAGACACAACAGAACAUUAUAGUCAAAUGUAAACCAAAAUGUUGGAAGUACACACAUGUUAACAAUAUUUAAGAAAGAUAUUUAUAAAAUAGUCCAAAGUUUCUCUUUUAAAGAGAUAUGGGUUCAAAAAUCAAAUCAUUACACAUUUAAGUCAACUUGAAUCACAAGGACAUAAUUAGUAAGAACUUUUAGGAAAAUUUGUCAAACUGUUACAGUAAAAUUUAUUUGCAUAUUUUUAUUAUGACUUCAAUACCACCAUUAUAUUAAUGAGUCUUUUUAUAUAGUUACAAUGAACAAUUAGUUCAACACAUGGCAUUCAAAAGAAAUCUUUGAAGAAUACGGCCUGAAAUCAUCAACUUAAAUAUCUCGUAUGUUGUUUUUCAAAAGUAAAAAACAUAUAUCUGUCCAUAUUUUUGUUUGUGUUGGCCUUGUAAUGAAGUAAAAAUGUACUUAUAGAUUCAAAUGACAUUUAUAAAACACUAUUUUGUAAAUUCUUCUGCAUUUCAUACAAUUUUUCCCAAAUAUAAAAGGUUGUGUACUAAUCAA